AUGGCAAUUCGAGAGUCAGAUGUCAAUGUUCGCAUAUCAAGUAUCAAUAUACUUACUCUCAUUCAUCAAAUUGGGUUGUUGGACGAUGAGGAGCGUGACCAGCUGUCUCUUCUUAUUUAUUGUGACAUACCUAAAGUACGGAGGGCCAUCGCACCCUUCGUUAAAAUAUCUCUCGAGGAUUUUAUAAAAGAGAAACGCACAAAGGUUCAAACAUUGUUGGUCAGCAGUGGUACCAAGAGAAAGCGAAACGUCGAUAGCGGAUCUAGCGAGGAGUCUAAUGCUACAAAACAGAGUUGGGUUUCGUUUAAGUGCUUGGCCGAGUUUUUUGUGAAUUGUAAUAAAGUUUUAGAGGACACACAAAAAGCGAAUGAGCAAGCAGAAGAUGAAAUUGGCGAAGCAGAAUCUGAUGAUGGAGCCCUGAUUCGUAGUAUAGGUAAUGUGGAAAGUAGUAGGAUAGGGUUGUCCGUCCAGGAUCUUUGGGGAUACUUGGAUGCGUUGAAGGAAUGGCAAAAAUUAGCAGAUUAUCUUUCCAAAGAUCAUUCUUCAACGAGUCAGAAUGCAGAAUCCCCGAACAACGGAAAUUCUAGUAACGCCAUCGAAGAAUUUUAUCGACUUGGCGAAAAAGAGGAGUCUGCUUUAGUGGAGGUUUUUGUUAAGUGUUUGCAAUUAAGCCUAUCUGAGAAUCUUACACCAAAAGACAAAAAAAAGGCUGAUGGACAGAUAGACGAGACCCGUGCCGAAAUCUCGAGAACAAUGAUUACCGUAUUACCACGACUCUUGACGAAAUAUGCACCUGAUGCCGGACGAAUCGCCGAGGUGUUGCAAAUUCCUCAAAUGAUGGAUUUAUCGGUGUAUUCUGAUCUUCGUAUGCAGAAGGCUUACGAAUUGUUAGUCGAAGAUGUCAAGAAACUUUUUCUUAAACACACACAUUCCGUCGUCCUCGUCAAUGCCUCUGCGACUUUUCAAUAUAUGAGACAAUUUAAAAAUUUCGCUUCCACGGUAGAAACUUCUCUCGGAGAGCUCCAGGAUGAAGUGACAAAGAAUUUUCUCGAUGAAUGCGAGAACAAUGACUUAUCGGUGGAAGAUUUAACCAGCGAUCAGGUGCAUUCACUCAGUGUUGCCUUGGGUCGUUUGGAGCAUGUGAUCACUGUUAUCAACGUUAUGGAUACUUCCGAGGAAAACGACGACGUUUAUGAAUGUAUUAUCAAGCUGGUCGGAAGAGGUUUGUUGGGUAAUUACGAAGAAGAGAAGAUGGUAACUUCGGCAAUAAAUUUUCUCUGGUAUUACCUACUGUGGAAAGUAGAAUAUCUCUCCUCAAAAGAACAUGAUAAGAAUGUGACCCCGGACACCUUGGACAAUUUCAUCGUAAAAAGGGAUCAGAUAAUAAAAAUACUAUUUGAUGUCGGUGUUUCAGUAUCAUCAGGAGCGCAACACACCGUUAGACUAGCGGCAUUUCGCGCAUUGGGAAACAUCUAUUGGCUUUUUUCGAGUGACCUGUUUCAUAAUUCCGGCACAUCCGAUUUAUCAAAGCUAAGAUUUACAUGUCAGCCUGACAUUCAAGAGAAGAUCGAGAAAUUUGUCGCCGAGGAAAUUGAGAUGGCAACAAAAAACAUUGACAUGGUUAUAGAACCUGAAGAAAAAUUUCAGAUCAUGGAGAUUAUUGGCACUCUCUUGCGUGGUGUCCGUGGCGGCUGGUUUCAUGCAUCCCAUGCUGCUAGCGUGAUUUGCCAAUUUGGAACUUUGGGAGGCGAUCUUGAUGAUGUUAUCAAGAAGUUGAUGCAUGAAUUCAGGGAAAGGAUGUCAUCCGAAGAAGCUAAACUGCAUGCAAACGUUUUCAUCUCCUCGUUGAAAAAGUCUCAUAUGCUCUAUUCAAGAGAUACUCAUGAUGUAUCAUCAUCGAAGGAUGCCGACCACAUCAUAGAAUUACAGAGAGAAGGGAUUGCAUAUGUCUUUUCAUCGGUUUCCGAAUAUCAACGCACUGAUAAUAAUGAUGCUAUUCCGAAGAUGAUCAAAUUUUUCAAGAUAUUAGGCAUGUUACUGGUGGAAGUUGGUCCUGGCGAUGCUUGUGAGAUAGAGUCAAUCCUUAAAGAGGAACUGGAGUCACAAAAAGUAGAUGUGAAUGAAACGGAAAAGCAAUGGGAACCCUAUUAUUCGUACUUCCUCAAGGUCAAUAGCAUCGCGAAAAAAGGUACCACUAAGAAAGGUAAUGCCAAAUCGUCACUUAGAAAGAAACGUCCGUCGGAUCCGAAACGUAAAUCAAGAGAUCAUCAUGUUGACUCGAAUUCCGAGAAUCAAGAGAAUAACGAAGAAAUUAUCGCACCAUCUUCGAACAAGCUGAGGAAUGGCAACAUUGCGCCUUCAUCGUUCGGUGAUGAGGACGCCAACAAUUCGUUGGAUAAUAGCGAAAUGCCUUUAUCGAUCAAACGAUCUGCACCGGUUGAUGAUGACAUAGAAAUCACAGAAUCCCCCCCGAAAAAGAGGAGACCAACUACGGAAAGAAAGACGAGCAACGAAGAACCAAAUGAAGAGGUAUUCGGUAAUGGCAAUUCAGAUAGGGAAAGUGUUGAAAGUUUUCAGAGUGUCUCCGACAGAAGAAACAAGAAGAGGGUACGACGUUGA